CCGGACUGCGGGCUGAACGCCGACACCGAGCCGGUAAAUCAUCCUCCGGGUCCAGUAGAACCGGGUCUGAGCCGGUAAAUCAAUCAUUUUCUUUAUCGAGCUGAUCAGGACCUGUAGACGUCAUCAUCAGGUGAGUGUGGGGGCUGAAAGCAGCUGUUUCCAGAUGUUUUCCUGUUAAAGUUAAAACAGGGCUGUUAAUUGGUUCCCCAGCAGCUCAGUUUUAAACCAAUUACUAUUCAGUGAAUCUGCUAAUCAGCCUUUGGUUUAUCGAUAAAUCCUGUAAUGACAUGUUGAAGCCUUCAAACUUUAGUUUGAAAGUCUGUGACGUAGCAGAUAAAGAUUUGAGACUUUUAUUUUGAAAAUAGACUCAAUGAACCCAAAACAAAGAAAUCAAAGUUUAAUUUUUAAUUUCAGUCAUUGAGCUUUUUUUAAAACAAGCUUUUAUUUUGAAAAAUAAAUCAAUUAACUGACCUGCUAAUUGAGCUGUUGCUUAUGACAACAACUUUAUCGAUCACGUGCACGUUAGUAUCAGAGAUAAAGUGUGAGGAGCUUUUAUUUUUUAACCCCCAAACAUCACCCUUAUAGGCUUUUAAUUUGAAAGUCACAGCUUCUGACCCUGCUGUCUGUUUCAAUGUUUUCAGUUUUUCUGACUGAAGAUGAUUUAUUCAAACACUGAAGCUGUGAUAAGUCCGAGAUGCUGAUGGCCUUCAGUUAAGGUGGAAUUUUACUCUGCUGAGCAGUUUCUGUGGAGUGAAACACCUGACAGGUGUGCAGUUGGAAACAGGAAGUUUGAGCUUUCUGAGCUCUGCAGGGUUUUGGAACUUUAUUUCUGGGUCGUUCCUGUUUCUGAGCUCAGUGAAACAGCUGCAGGUGUGUCCAGCUGUGACCUCACAGCAGCCUGAAAGCAAACCUGUGUUUAGAUUUACAUCUGGAUUUAAUGCGCUCAUUGACAUUUCCACCUUAAAUCACAUGUUUCAGGGGAGUUCAUGCAGGUGUUCACCUUUAAACACCUGCAUGACAUCAUCAUCGUGGCUGUCAGGUAACCUCAGGUCGUCUGCAGUUGUCGACGUGUCGCUGCUGGCUCAUCAGCAUCUGAACGAUCUGAACGUGGCCGAGCCGGUUCGACUCGUCACGCCUGUGUUACAAGCACUGAGCUCUGAUUGGCUCCCGGAAGCGACGCCGACAGGUCUGAUGUGUAUCAGCUGAUGUGAGCGGAGUCAGGAGCAGUUCAGUUUGAUCCUCAUACACAGGGACGAGUUUACCUGGCACAGGUGGAGGUGAGUCCCACGUAACCUGCAACAGGCUCUCCAUACCUGCCCACGAGGAUCCCCUGGAUCAGACCUCCUCUCCUCCAGGUGCUCACCUGCUGCAGGUGAGCCUCCAUAACUGAUCCAGGACCGCCGUCAGACAAAUGUGGAGGAUUUUGAGCUUCUGCUGAGCUUAAUGGUGGGAUGGACAGCUGGUGGGGGCGGAGUCUCACCUGUGGAUGGUUGAAAAUGAAAAUCGGGGUGAGUUUGUUCUUUUGAAGCACCUACAGCCAGCUGUAGCUGUUGCCACGGUGACGGUGGCAUGAUCAGAGCUGUUUGUUUGGACACAGAAGCUCGUGAGGAGUGGGAGCUCGCCUUCUCUUCGUCGGUUUAAGAGCGGCUGAGUCACCUCACGGUUAGUCGCUGGUUACCUUGGUAACUGUGGACCAAGCUGAAGGACAGGCAGGCAUGAUGAUGAUGAUGAUGAUGAGGGGCUGAUGGGAAAUAAAACCGCUUUAAAGGAACAUUCCACCCAUAUGUGCUGUUUCAAAGCUGCUCAUCUUGUUUUUCUGUCUCCCCCGCAGUGAAGCAUCAUGGGAGGUGGCAGAUGGACGAGCCGGCCGUGGGCCGACCAGUGACACGCACACGCUGAGACACACACACACACACACAAUGGAACAAGGCUUCAGCUUAAACACGCUGAAGAAGCUGGCAGCAGAGCCCGACUACACAGACGUGUCCCUGACGGCGGCAGAGCGUGUCCGAGCGCUGGGGAAGAUGGGAUGCUGCGUGGAGAUCAACGAGGACAUCGCACCCAGACGCUACUUCCGCUCGGGUGUGGAGAUGGAGCGCAUGGCGGCGGUUUACCUGGAGGAGGGCAGCCUGGAGAACGCCUACGUCCUCUACACCAAGUUUAUCACUCUGUUUGUAGAGAAGCUGCCCGCCCACAGAGACUACCAGCAGUGCACCGCCAUCCCCGAGAAACACUUCAUCAUGAAGAAACUUCAGGAGGUGGCGUUUCCCCGUAAAGACGAGCUGAAGAAGCGUCUGGAGGAGAAAUACAGCAGGGAACACAGCGAAUACCUCAGAGCCCAGAGCCAGGCGGCGGUCGUGGUGCACGGGUGUGGCCAGCAGCUGCAGCGGCUGUCCCUAUUGGACGAGGACAGGAGGAGGUUCCUUCUGCUGGAGGAGGAGAGGCAGCGUGUCGCCGCUCUGCGACGCAUGCAGAUUGAAUCGGAACAGUUUCGCUACUUCGAGGACCAGCUGAGACGCCAGGAGCUGGCCAGCAAGAGAGGAGUGGAGGCGGAGCAAAAGGUUCAGACCAAAGUGCCUGAGGUGACGGACGGUUCCAGUCUGUCCCAGCAGCCAAUUAAAAACAGCAUACGAUCCCAGGGGGCAGACCCUAACAGAAACAGACCGCCUGCCCCUGUCAGCCAAUCCGCCGCCACGCUGGCUGGAGUACAGAGUGAGAGAGUGGAGGGCCUGAGGCGGGUCCUGAUUCCCAAAGGGCUGACUCAGAGUUUCCUCUCGCUGGCCCGGUCGAACACGACCAGAGGAAUCGAGACCUGCGGCGUCCUCUGUGGACAGCUGACGCACAACGAGUUCACGCUGACUCAUGUCGUGAUCCCCAAACAGACCGCCGGCCCGGAUUUCUGCGACAUGGAGAACGUGGAGGAGCUGUUCAGCUUCCAGGAUGAGCAUCACCUGCUGACGCUGGGCUGGAUCCACACCCAUCCCACUCAGACGGCCUUCCUGUCCAGCGUCGACCUCCACACUCACUGCUCGUAUCAGCUGAUGCUGCCAGAAGCCGUCGCCAUCGUCUGCGCGCCGAAACACAACGAGUGUGUUCAGGCUGACCGACCUGGGGAUGUCCGAAGUUUCUGCCUGCAAGCUGAAAGGUUUCCAUCCUCACUCCAAGGAGCCGCCGCUCUUCACGGUGUGCAGACAUGUCGUGUUCAGGGACUUGCGGCUUGACCUGCUGGACCUCAGGGUUUAGACAGGAAGGCUUUUAUUCUGAAGAGGAAACUGUGAACGCACCACCAGUGUGUGCUGACACGUUGUGAUGUCGAAUUUACAAGAAACUUUUAACACUUUUAAUUUUUGGUGUUUUUUUUUUUUUUGUUUGUUUGGUUUUUUUGUUUAGUUUUUUUGCUGCUGAGCCACUGCAGACCGGGGGGUGGGGCGUUAACAUGGUGAUCUCAGGCCUGUGGGCUGCUCUGAUUGGGCAGUUAAUAAAAAGCUUACUGAGCCCUAACCUCAGCUGAAGCUGACGUCACAGCAGCACCGUGAAAAUGGCGUCUGCAGAGACCCAGACAGUGGAUUGUGCUGAGUUACGGCGUGGGCCAAGUUCCUGUCGAGGCGACUGCCAGCGAGGCGUUUGAGACGCGGUGGCGUGUUUGAUGUUUUAAAUAAAAGCUGGACUGGGAGCAGACGUGAGCGAGUGCCUCGCCUGGAAAACGCACGUGAACGUUGAAGCGUCGGCGCUGUGAACGACAAAGCCUCUCCACGCUUCACUCAGACUGAAAAUGCUCUUUAACCGCCACAGCUCAAUUUGAGUGCUGAAAUCCCGCUGCCAUCUCUGACGCCUGAAUGCCUCGCGUGUCCACCUCUGCGCUUAAAGACAGGAAGUGAUGACGUGGAUUUCAGAAUAAAACCUGAAGCUGUGCUGUCACCUGUGCACUAUUUGCCCCGAGACCUGCCUGUCAGGCCACACCCGUCCUGCUGGGCCGCUGAUUGCAGCCCUAAGGCGAUCCCGGUGGUCAGAUACCGCUCUGUUGUUUUAGGCGAGACCGUUCACGCCAUAAGCUGCUCUGACCUUUGACCCUGAGUGGGGCACCAUUUAAGGGGCGGCGGACAGCAGGUGGUGCUGCAGGCUCAGGUGAAGGCGGUGUGUGUUAUGUAGAGCUGGCUGGCGUGGUGCUCACAGCCGGCCGUUUUAAACUUCUUGCAGAUGAAAUUAUUUUCUGACGUUUCUCUCGUGGUGCGUUCAAAGCGCCCCGCAGCUGGAGGACUUCUCAGUGUGUGCACCAGCAGAUGUUUUGUUGUUGAGCUGUUGUGUGACUGUUUUUUUGCUGAUGACGUUUGACAAACUGUGACCUGACUGCUGUUUUUAACUUUUUGGUAAUAAAAAACCCUCUGCUGCUCCAGCA